UAACACUUUGUGUGUUAGUACGAUACGAGCAGUGCAACGUUGUGAAUGUGCUGAGAGUAUACAAUGUACACAAUCGAAUAAACAGAAAGAGAAACAAACAGCUUAAAAAAUUACAAACAUUUUUUUCUCUGUAAAUUCAUAUUGAAUAUCGAACGAAGCGAUUUGAUUGAAUUGGAAAGCAGCGAUAAAACUCUUCUCGCAUUUUAAAAGAAAUCGUCACCAUGAGUUAUAAUCCCGUACAAAACCGAGGCAUGCCUCAUCAGCAAUAUAACAAUCCACAUCCACAAGAAAUGAUGUCUGCAAAAGAGCAGACAAUGAUGUGGCAACAGAAUUCGUAUCUUUGCGAUUCCGGUAUCCAAUCUGGUGCUGUAACUCAGGUGCCAUCGUUGAGUGGACACGAAGAAGAUGACGGAAUGGAAAAUGAUCCAUUGAUGUUCGAUAUGGACCAGGGCGGCUAUACUCAGAAUUUCACACAAGAACAAGUCGAUGAUAUGAACGCUCAAUUAAGCCAAACACGUUCGCAGCGCGUUCGUGCUGCAAUGUUCCCAGAAACUCUUGAGGAAGGCAUUAAUAUUCCGUCGACACAAUUUGAUACACAGCAACCGACUGCCGUACAACGUCUAUCCGAACCAUCACAAAUGCUUAAACAUGCAGUUGUCAAUUUGAUCAACUAUCAAGAUGACGCCGAUUUGGCCACGCACGCUAUACCUGAAUUGAUUAAGCUACUGAACGAUGAGGAUAACUAUAUCGUUUCCCAUGCCGCCAUGAUGGUGCAUCAAUUAUCGCGCAAAGAAGCAUCCAGACAUGCAAUUAUGCAAAGUAAUGCAAUGAUCCAAGCUCUCGUUCAGGCCAUUUCGACCUCGAACGAUUUGGAGACGACCAAAGGUGCGGUCGGUACUUUGCAUAAUUUAUCGCACCAUCGUCAAGGUUUACUUGCCAUAUUCAAAAGCGGCGGAAUUCCGGCAUUGGUAAAACUUUUAUCAUCUCCAAUUGAAUCAGUGCUAUUCUAUGCAAUUACCACAUUGCAUAAUUUGCUCCUUCAUCAAGAUGGAUCAAAGACAGCUGUUCGCUUGGCUGGAGGCCUACAAAAAAUGGUUCAAUUGUUGCAGCGCAACAAUGUCAAAUUUUUAGCAAUCGUCACCGAUUGUCUUCAAAUUCUUGCCUACGGCAAUCAAGAGAGUAAAUUGAUUAUUUUGGCAUCCGGCGGACCCAAUGAAUUGGUUCGCAUUAUGCGCUCCAAUGACUAUGAGAAACUUUUGUGGACUACUUCACGUGUAUUGAAGGUCCUUUCAGUUUGUUCAAGUAACAAACCCGCCAUUGUCGGAGCUGGUGGUAUGCAAGCAUUGGCCAUGCAUUUAACCAAUCCAUCACAACGGUUGGUACAAAAUUGCCUGUGGACAUUGCGUAAUUUAUCCGAUGCAGCCACUAAAACCGAUGGACUCGAUAUGCUCUUGUCAAGUUUGGUUCAUGUUCUCGGCUCACAAGAUGCCAACUUUGUGACAUGUGCCGCUGGAAUCCUAUCAAAUUUGACAUGCAACAAUCAACGCAAUAAACAGAUUGUGUGCCAAGUGAAUGGUGUCGAAGCACUGGUCAAUACGAUCAUUAAUGCUGGCGAUCGUGAGGAGAUCACUGAACCGGCUGUUUGUGCAUUACGCCAUUUGACUUCACGUCACGAAUUGGCCGAAAUGGCACAGAACGCCGUUCGCUUGAUUAAUUACGGUAUACGUGUUGUCGUCAAACUGUUGAGUCCUCCAUCUCGCUGGCCAUUGAUUAAAGCCGUUAUCGGAUUAAUGCGGAAUUUGGCCUUGUGCCAUGAAAAUCAUGCGCCACUCCGCGAACAAAAUGCCAUACACUGUUUAAUUCACUUGUUGAAUAAGGCACAACAGGACAUCCAACGCUCGUCAAUGGCUAGCAAUGGAUCUCAACAGCCAGGUGCAUAUGCUGAUGGUGUUCGUAUGGAAGAGAUCGUUGAGGGCACAGUUGGUGCAUUACAUAUCCUUGCAAGAGAUCCACACAACAGAGUAUUGAUUCGUCAACAAGAUGCUACUCCAAUAUUUGUUUCUUUGCUUUCGAGUGACAUUGAAAAUAUUCAGCGUGUUGCUGCUGGUGUUCUGUGUGAACUAUCAAACGAUAAAGAGAGUGCUGACAUGAUCGAAGCUGCUGGAGCAACUUCACCACUCACCGACUUAUUGCAUUCACGUAAUGAAGGUGUUGCCACCUAUGCAGCGGCUAUCCUAUUCCGAAUGAGUGAAGAUAAAUCGACCGAAUAUCGAAAACGUCUAUCCGUUGAAUUGACCAAUUCAUUGUUGCGAGACGAUACCGCUUGGACAAAUGACAUUGGUCUCGGGCCAGAUCUACAGGACAUGCUUGGGGCCGAUCAAGCAUAUGAGGGAUUAUAUGGACAAGGUCCGCCCAGUGUUCACAGCUCACACGGUGGACGAAUGUUCCAACAAGCAUAUGAAACAUUGCCAAUACCAAUUGACUCGUUCCAAGGGCUAGAGUUAUGUAGUCCAUCAUUGGUUGGACCAACUUCACCAUAUGAGAUGGACAUGGACGUCGGAGAAAUUGGUGCGGGUGAACUAUUGGACUCAAUGCCGUCUCCACCGGCGGGCGAUAAUCAAACAGCCGCCUGGUACGACACAGAUUUGUAAUUUGUGACCAACAAUUUCAAUUGUGAAUUUGCUGACAAUAUUAUGGCAACAUAAUCACAACGCAGCUAAAGUAUUCCUUUCAUUUUUUUUUUUUGACGAAAUAUCAAGGAAAAUUGUCGUAAUCAAUUUAUUUUUUUCCUUCUUCUUUGAUACGAUUCCAUAUUCUCAAAAUUUCCUAAAUGAUUUUCGAUAGCAUUACAAUAUUAGCAUAGUGAACUAAUAAUAAUCAAUGAUGAACAGAAUAAACGAUUGUCACAUGAAAUCAUUAAAUUAGGUUUAUGAAUCGAACAAACAGGGUGAAAGUGUGUCUUUAUGAAGUUUUCGUUCUAACUUCCUUCAAAUUGUUUUUGGACUAAAAGGAUUCACAAACGUUAUUGACAAAAAUUCAACUGAACAAUUUAUUGAUGAAAGUUCUUUUUUUUCACUAGACUUAAACAGCAAUCAAACAAUUUAUCGAUUGUUUUAAAUUGUAAGAUCAAUAUAAAAAUAUAUUACACAAGUACAAACACGACAUGUUAACCUAUUGGACCGAAAAAUAUUGUUAUUUUAACGUUUUCUUUUUGUUUGGCUCACCUUUCUUUUAUAUUCAAUGUUCAUUUAUAUCCAUAUCAUUUUGUUCGAUUUCGUAACGACUUUAUUUUAUAUGAUGAAAAUUGUCUUCAAUUAACGCGGAUUAAGUUUUAUUCAUUUGAAAAUUUUAUAUUUUUUUUUAUAUUUUUUGAGUUCUUUUUUUCUCAAAUAGAUUGUAGCUUUGUAAGCAUAUGAUUUUCAUAUCCAAUGCAUAAACGUUUACAUUUUCAUUUUAUCAUUUUCACAUACACAUACACAAAAUCUUAAAUCAAAAUAUUUACGAAUAGAGAUUUAUUGAACGAAUUUAAGCUGUCAUUCUUAUUCGCAGCGUCAGUGAAAUAU